AUGCUCGAGCCAGGCAGUAGAAGCAAAACUACCGGUCUCGCGCUGGUAGAACCAUUGGGCAUAGCAAUCGUUGUAUCGAACCUUUUUAACGGGCUUAGAGACUAUGGCCUGAGGGUUCUCCAAAUGAACGAAAGGAACAUACAGUCGAGAAAGAAUUGUACAUUGGAUUUGGAUUGGUCGCAUCAGCAACCAUUACUGGACAUACAUUGCCACUCGAUAAUGUUGUUCCCUGCCUUGGUUAACGCGGAAAUGAAGCCGAAUAUGUGGAUCAGCCAUCAAGUCAAGCUCCUUGAAAAUCGGAUGUAA